AUGGCGGACGGAGACAGAGAAUGGGAAGUCCACCUCCGAUCGUUAUCCUCCGCCGCCAGAGACGCCACCGACCCCGCCUCCGACUCUGCCCUCCUGAACUCCGUCACGCGCCUCCACGACCUCUGCAGAGACGGCGAGAAAUCAGUAGACGAAUUGGUGGCUAGGGUUUACCCUCACCUCAACAAGAUAUUCCAGCGCUGCGCCUCCUCCAUCUCCCAAUCCCAAACCUCCAACGGCCUCCUAUUGCUCCCCAUCCUCCAAUUCUUUCUCGAUUUCGGAGAUUCGGUCUUGCACGACGCCGAGCCCAGCUUACGGACGUUUUUCAGAUCGUGUCUGAGCCGCGAGUUUUCGGAUCCCGCGGUCGCCGAGUCGACUCUCCGGUUCCUCAGCUCGAACAGGCCGAAACUCGUAAGAUCCUUCCCCGCGCUUCUACCACAAUUUUUCCCCCUUCUGCUGAAACUGAUCGCUUGGAACGGUGAAAAGUUAGAAAAAUCGUUCCUCCAAGUCUUCCCUGGAUUAAUCUCUCCAGGAUCGUUUAUUCCCCUCUUCUCGUCCGUAGUAGAUUUACCUAUAUUGGUUGUGGCGUUGGAGAAAGUUGAGAAAACCUCAGGUCCGCUGGUGGGGACCAGCAUAGCCUCGAUUCAGAAGAGCGCUGCCCCCGAGAUGCUGCUGGCGCUCAUGGACGAGGCCUACACCGGCUCCACCAUAGGGGACGGUGGUGCCGACUCGGAAUCCGAGGACAGUGUGCCCAUGGCCGUGCCCGACUCCCUCUUUCUCGAUCUCCUCAAGGACGAAAACGAUGGACUCGCCGAACGCCACUGGACCUCCCCAUCAAUGGCUGCAGCUUUACAGGCGCUGGUAAAAUCCUCCCCUCUGUCCGCUAGGCUCAAGGAGGCCCUCCGCAUAGCCCCACGGAUUCUCGAUUCCUAUUUUGCCCUUUCGGCCCGUGAUGCUGGCGCGAAUGAUUCUUUAGUAUGUGCUCUGAUACCUUUGGUCAUGACGAGAUACUCUACCUUGUUCCCGGACAAAAUAUUCUGCUAUGAUGUUCAGAAAAGGCUGUUGGAGUUUGUGCUCUCGGCCUUCCGCCGCUCGCCUCAUUUCAUCGCAAUCCUCAAAAAGCCCAUCACUGACCGGCUUGGGGAGGCCUAUGAUGGGCAAGCUAAGGCUGAGCUAGCAAUGCAGCUGUGUUGGGCUGUCGGGGAGUACGGAGCGGGAGGCGGGCCUUUCAAAGAGGCGGCCCGUGAGCUCUUUGAGAGUUUAGAGCUAAUUUUAUACGAGAACCUCUCUACUAGUCGAAUCGGGCUUGGCGAGGUGGGGAGUCCUCCCAAGUUCCAGAAAUCCUUCCAGUCGAGGAUUUUGUGUUUUGUAGUGACAGCCAUAGCCAAGCUGGCCACGUGCCACCAAGAGCUGCUGCCAAGGGCCCGCGUCUCGCUGGCAAAGGUGGUCCGUUCUAGAAUUUCGGAUGCUAGGGUUUGGGGACGCGCGCGGGAUUAUUUGGGGUUGAUGAGCGAGCCCGCGAUUUGUUUAUCUGUAUUGGGACCUAGUGGUGGUCCUUCAGGCGAGGCCACGCAGAAUCCCCCAGGGAUGGUUAACUGGGAUGAAGGAGGUAGAAAAAUGAUUGCUCAUGUUCCGUUUUAUGUCCUAGGUGGACAGGAAGGUUCCCCGAAUCAUGAUUUUUCGUUUGCAGAUAUUCUUCAUAGUGAGUGA